GACGAAACACGAGGUGUAUGGUAAGCAUGGCUCCAGGAGGGAAGAUCAACAGACCGAAAACUGACCUUGGGAAGAAACUCUUUAAGCGCCGCAGGGUCUUGAGCAGGGAAAAACGGAAGAAGCACAAGAUUGUGGGAGCGGUGGUGGACAAAGGGCUUAUCACUGUUCACCAUCUCAAGAAGAGAAGCUCCAGUUCGCGGGCGAAUAUUACCCUGUCUGGGAAGAAACGGCGCAAACUGAUCAAGCAACUGCAGCACAUGGACAAGGAGAAAGCUUCCAUGGAAGUUGAGGCUACUUCCAAGAAGGAGGCACCUGUUUCCAACCCAGCCAGAAAAGGGAAGAAGAACACAGCUUGCCAGGAUGUGGAAAUGGAAGAUCAGGACAUGGAGUGAGAAGACUCUUGCCCAAUGUCUGGGCCGACCUGCUGCAGGAAGGAACACUCAUCUUUAUGCUUCGUGAAUAGGCCUAAAGGGGCUUCUGUUUGCUAUGUUAUGGAAGAUUAAAUGCAAAAUGUUACAUUUCAUCAUUAAUAGGAAAUCUUAAUUUACCUAUUACCUGUUUAUACAGGUGGAUGUUGGGCUGAAGCAUGAAGUAGCUGCUUUGCUCAGGGAUACAAAAGCAGCCCCUAAAUGGAGAUUUGAACCUUAUGGUUUCAAUUCUGGUGCCUUCAUUGGGUAUGACAGACUAUGAUAAAAGCCUUAGUACAAUGAACAUUGGAGCACUGUGAGUAGGUAGUUAAAUUAUGGCUUUGCAGCAUGGUCAGCAGCCAUAGCGUUUGAGGUGCCAACACAUUGUCACAGUCAUUGCUUUACUGUUAUGUUUAGUUUGGUCGUCAGUCUGACUUUUAUACCCACUGUUUAUGUUGGCAUCAUUCAUCAGAAUCUGGGCUACAUUAAGUUCCUCGGUAUAAUCUCCCAAGUGGUAUCAUGGCACCAUUGCGGCUGAAGGCCUGUAAAUAUUUGCGUAUUUUUCCAUGCAUUUUGGAGCUUUUAACGUCACUCCCCGAUGUUGCUCUCUCAUUUUCCAGCGGAAGAAAUUUGUCUUUCUUCCAGGUGAAGUUUCUUUCAUUCACAAAAUCCCUAGACUACGUCCACAUUGCCUUGCCAAGGCCAUGAAGUAUUUGACAUAUUUGACAUACAAAAGGAAGUACCUGGCAACUGUCAGAAGGUUCUUUCUUAGCUAUGUCCUGCAUCAGUACAAAUGCAUUCAAUCAAGGUGGUCUUUGGUCCUAGAAUGAGCUUUUUAGUGAUGUGCAUCCUUUUAAGACAGUGGACAAAUUCCUCCUAUUUAUUGGGGUAUCUGAGAAAAAUGUAAUAGCAGUGUAAUGUAUACAUUACACAACAAAAAAAAUAAUAAAAAUGGGGGUGAAUCCUGACCUUUCAGAAGAUUGAGGGAAAUAUAACAUUGAUAACACUUAAUUGGUGAAUUUCCUGGAUGUAAUAUUUUAUGCUAGUAUGAUUUUUUUUCCAAUGUUAGAAGUGUACAAUUCCAGUAGUCAGAAUGGAUCGAUGAGGUACAUCACUAUUUUGGUGACUGGCUCUGUAGUUCCUUUUUUAUGUAAUUUGUAUUUUUG